AGCGCCCGCCCUGACUGUUGACCAUAUCGUGAUUUGUCUGGGAAACUAAGUAAGAGUUUGUUUACGUUGGAGAGGAGGCAGUUGGUGGAAGAUUACAACGUUCACAGCUUGUUUUAAAUAGUUUGAUUGUACAGCUUUAAGCAAUGGCAUCCGGCUUCAGAAAAACUCCUAUAGGGUCUGCGCAGCGUAAAAAAACUGCUCCAAAACCUGAUCUUACAGAAGAGCAAAAGCAAGAAAUCAGAGAAGCUUUUGAUUUGUUUGACACAGAUGGCACAGGAACUAUUGAUGUAAAAGAAAUCAAGGUUGCCAUGCGUGCCUUGGGGUUUGAACCUAAAAAAGAAGAGAUAAGAAAGAUGAUUUCGGACAUAGAUAAAGAAGGAUCUGGUAGCAUCGAUUUUAAUGACUUCCUAGCAAUGAUGACUCAGAAAAUGAGUGAAAAAGAUUCCAAAGAAGAAAUUUUGAAAGCCUUUCGGUUGUUUGAUGAUGAUGGCACAGGAAAGAUAUCAUUCAAAAACCUGAAGAGGGUUGCUAAAGAAUUAGGUGAAAAUCUGACUGAUGAAGAAUUGCAGGAAAUGAUAGAUGAAGCUGACCGUGAUGGUGAUGGUGAGAUAAAUGAACAGGAAUUUUUGCGGAUUAUGAAAAAGACAAGCCUCUAUUAAUUUCUAUGAUGUUGUCCACUGUCCUUAAGUAGUACUUGUUGUGAAUUAUGUUUAUUUAAUAAAGAAAGAAGAAAAGCUAUUGAGGUUUGAUAUAUUUGA